CACACACUUAUACACGUUCGAAAACACACACUGACACUGUUUCAGCUCCACCUAGGCUCUCUCUGUCUCUCUAUAAAGCAUCAAUAUCAUCAUUCGCAUCGGAAUCUCAAUUCCAACCCCUCCAAAAACCUCACGCAUUCCACGCUUCAAAAUCUCCUUCCCCAUUAUCCCAAAAAAAAAAAAGAAGUGAAAAUGGAUAGACUUCAGCCAAUGUUUAGGCCGCCGGAGACCCCAAGAGAGCCAAUGGAGUUUCUGUCACGUUCGUGGAGCGUUUCAGCUCUAGAAGUCUCUAAAGCUCUUGCUCCUUCUCAAGUUUUGGCAAAGGCUGUCAGUGGUGGUGGUGCUGUAAAUGUUAGUCUUACUGCUCCGCUACUUAACGGCGGUGGGAGCAUACCGGAGGAUAUCGUCGGCGAGUUGGAGGAGUCUGCUGCUGUUUCCGGGAACCCUUUUUCGUUUGCUUCUUCUGAGACUUCUCAGCUUGUCAUGGAACGCAUUAUGUCUCAGUCUCAGGAAGUAUCACCACGGACUUCUGGAAGGCUCUCUCACAGCAGUGGACCUCUCAAUGGUGGCCAGAGCUGUGGCUCUCUUUCUGACAGCCCUCCUGUCUCUCCUUCUGAAAUUGACGACAAGUAUUCUCGCCUGAAUAAUACAGUUAACAGCCAGUACAGAGGCUGCACGGUUGCCACGGGCAGCGCUGCCGCCGUGGUUGGUGGGGGUGGAAAGACUGUUGGAAGGUGGUUAAAGGACAGGAGAGAGAAGAAGAAAGAGGAGACAAGGACUCAUAAUGCACAGCUCCAUGCUGCUGUUUCGGUUGCGGGAGUAGCUUCUGCUAUUGCAGCAAUUGCUGCAGCAACUGCGGCCUCGUCUGCACAGGGAAAGGAUGAAAAUAUGGCUAAGACUGAUAUGGCUGUGGCAUCAGCCGCCACGUUGGUGGCUGCACAAUGUGUGGAGGCUGCUGAGGUAUUGGGGGCUGAGCGCGAACAUCUGGCUUCAGUUGUUAGUUCUGCUGUUAACGUGCGUUCUGCUGGUGACAUCAUGACCUUAACAGCUGCUGCAGCAACUGCCCUGCGUGGCGCUGCAACACUGAAGGCAAGGACAUUGAAAGAGGUUUGGAAUAUUGCAUCUGUGAUUCCAAUGGAGAAAGGGAUGGGAGUAGGAAAUGGCAGCAAUGGGGGAAGUAAUGGUAGUUCAAAUGGUAGCUUCAGUGGUGAGCUUGUUCCUGAAGAGAAUUUCCUUGGAAUCUGUAGCAGGGAAUUGCUUGCCAGAGGUUGUGAGCUCCUAAAGCGCACUCGCAAAGGAGAUCUCCAUUGGAAAAUAGUAUCUGUUUACAUCAACAGAAUGGGUCAGGUGAUGCUUAAGAUGAAGAGCAGGCACGUAGCUGGGACCAUUACAAAAAAGAAAAAGAAUGUGGUGUUGGAAGUUCUGAAAGAUAUUCAGGCUUGGCCCGGCCGCCACUUGCUUGAGGGCGGUGAGAACCUGAGAUACUUUGCCUUGAAGACAGUGUUGCGAGGAGUAGUGGAAUUCGAGUGCCGGAAUCAGAGAGACUACGAUAUGUGGACUCAAGGAGUCUCCAGGUUGCUUGCCAUAGCUGCAGAGAAGAACAACAGGCAUAUACUUUAGAUUCUUACUUGCUGCUAUAUAGUAUUCUAGCAGCAGAUGAUGAGUAACUUAGCAGUGUUUGUAGAAUAAUUUUGGAAGUGGUGGUGGGAUUGUGUUUUUUUUCUUCUUCUCCUAUUGUAAAAAGAGAGAAUUAAAGUUUCAAAGUAUAAGCUGUCCAACCAAAUGUGGUCUUCCCUUUAUUUGGAGAAUGAAAUCUUGGUCUUCUGUUCUUUAA